AUGUAUUCUAAUUGAAUAAGUUACAAAUUAGUAACGUAUUUAAAUUCCUAUUCAUCAUGAAGUUAACAUUCACCGUUCUAUUGUUGGUUGCUGCAGUGUACCAUGCAAACGCAGCCAAUAUAGUUAUAUGCGAAGGCGGCAGCAACCGCAUUAGUUGCCCAACUGGUUACAUUAUCAACGUACUGCAUGCAUUUUAUGGACGAACAGAUGGGACAACAUGUCCCCACCCAUCUAUACUAACAACUAGUUGUACUGCUGCUGGUUCAAGCAACAUUAUCAACGAUGUGUGCGACGGUCAACAGUAUUGUAGCCUCAGUGCUAACAACCAGGUGUUCGGGGAUCCGUGUCCUGGGACAUACAAAUAUAUUAAAGUCGAAUACAAAUGUACAAGACCAUGCUACCCAGUCCCAUUUGUCAAAGUAAUCUGCGAACAUUCGACUGGAACCAUCAACUGCGGAACUGGGAAACGCAUCGGAGUACUGGACGCUUUUUAUGGAAGAAGCAAUCGCCUUACUUGUCCCUCCCGAAGUAUUCUAACCACCAGCUGUUCAGCCCCCAAUUCGUUCAACCAAAUUCGUAGUAGUUGUCAUGGCAACCAAGCUUGCACACUUUCCGCCAAUAACGGGGUGUAUGGCGACCCAUGUGUUGGUACAUACAAGUACAUAAAGGUCAAAUACGUUUGCUACUACCCGUAGUUUGCGGCUUCUAAAUCAAUAUGACUUAUAUGUUAGACGGAUAAUGUAUUACGUAUAUAUGAAUAAAAUAUUAAUCUGCAUACAA